UGGCGAAACAUUUAACAAAUGUUCAAAUGGAGAACAGCAUCGUUAGGAGAACAAGCCUAACAGCAGAACAAAACACAAACAGAAAAAAAACAGUAUAUUAGAAAAUGACAUUAAAGCUGUAGAUAACUAAGUGUGUGUGAGGCAGAAGAGAGCUGACUAAAACUUGACUCUGCAUGCUUUGGUCUCAGCUGGCAUCUCCUCUAAAUCGAUUACUAUUUCUAUUUUCAAAAAGACAAGAGCAGAAUCGUACCACACCAUCAUUCUUAUCGCUCUUCACCAUUCAUGAUGUACUUAUCCUUUCUCCAUUGUCAUUUGUACAUAAUAAUUGGUGUUUGUCAGCCUUCGCUAUUUACAGGACAAAACUUUAUUUUUCACCAGAACCGGCCGUCUCCUCACCAGUGAACAGCGGUCCUUAUCUGAUAGCUGUUUUGGCCAAGACCAGGGUAAUUAUUAAUAAUGCCAGUCUUAUUGCGUUGGAUGGGAAGAGGCUCACCCACAUUUUCAUCUCGUUUUUCACUGUAGGGCUGCUAAUUUCAUUGCUGACAUUUUCACGUUCACUUAGUCAGAGUCUGCAGGACGGGUGGCUGCUAGGGAUCCACAUGCAGCACUUGUGGGACAGACGCAGGGGGAUCACAGAAGAAAGAGUACCAAGAAGAUGCCCAGUAAAGGAAACUGACGCUGCCACUUCCAGACCCCAGCCUAUAAAUCUCAAGCCCACUAGAAGGAGGUUUCAUUCUGUGAUCCGAGCAUCCCACUGGACAGAGCUCCAUUCCUUUGACCGACGUUCAGAGAACGUUUUGCUUAAGCCCUAUUGCUGAAUAUUUUGUUUCCUUGUUUGUGCCAUAGUGUGCCUUUUGGUUGCAUUUGGACUGACGGAGUUAAACAGGGACAGCCGAGCUGGUGCCCCAACAUUUAUUCUUUAUGACUUGUUAUUCCUUGCAUGACCACAGAUGAUAAUAACAAUAAUUAUUAUCACCAAUCUAUGGCAAAGGCCAACUAGGUGACCACCCAGGCCCCUUGGACUUCCCACAAGGCCCCACAUGUAAAAUUUUGAAUUGGGUGGGCUACUUGGUUGUGUUACAGUACUAAUGGUGGGCAUACACUGUUCACCUGUCCUUCAGAAGAGGUAAUCCACCCGAAGCUAAGCAUGUUUGGGCUUGGCCAGUAUUUGGAUGGAAUACCAUCCAGGGAGAGCUUGGGUUGCCUCUGGAAAAGAUGUUGGUUAGACCAUCAGGGGGAGCUUGCCCUGUGGUCUGUGUGGGGAUCCCAAUGCCCCAGUGCAGUGAUGGGGACACUAUGCUGUAAAAAUGGUGCUGUCCUUCAAAUGAGACAUAAAACUGAGGUUCUGAUUCCCUAUGGUCAUGAAAGAUCCCUGAGCAUCUUUUGAAAAGAGUAGGGUCUUUUUACAUGUCCUAGCUAAAUUGCCCACCAUGACCUGAUCAUUCUGGCCCCCUAAUCAGCCCACAUCCUUUAUUGGCUAACUCACUGUUUCACUACCCAAUAGCUUAUGGGUGGUGAGCAUACCGGUGCAAGAAUGGCUGCUGUCACAUCAUCCAGGUGAAUGCUACACACUGGCGGUGGCUGAAGUGGUUCUUCACUCUCUAUGUAAAGCACUUUGAGCAGAUAGAAAAUUGCUAUUUAAAUCUAAUUAAUUAUUAUUAUUAAUUUCCUUGCAAGUUGGGAGUUUCUGAGUGUUUUUUUAAAAUAGGCAGAAAAUUGUGGAAAUAUCAUUGAAGGUUGUAUUGUCACUGCUCUCAAGAGGGUCCUCGCUGUGGAAGGGUGGCUUUGUAUGUCCAGGUGUUGCUAUGUGAGACUAGUUGUUCGUUGAUAGACAUGAAAUUCAGCAGGCACAGCCGCUAAACUGUUAGCAUGUGACAGGACCUACCCUGGCAUUCUGGUUUAGUAGGGGAUGACAUUUACCUUUUACGGUAAGGAGUAAAUGAACAAAACUAUUACUAGGGAACUGAAUAAAUAAUUACAGAUCUUAUGUCAUAACUUCCUUA